GUUGUUGUGAAUUAUCAAAGGUAAUCUAUUACUUGAAUAAAUUGAUGUUGAUUUUAAUUUUGCCAUUUUUAUUUCCAAUUUUAAACUCAGUUGACCUUUAAAGGAGUUUCUAGUUCUUCAGCUAGAUACAACAAGGUCCAUAUGAGUAGUCAAUACAGUAACCUAAAAGUAGGUGCAGCAUUGUUGCCUCCAAAAACACUUAAGAAAAAGAAGACAUAUGGUGAUGAUAUCCAGAAUUAAAAAUGAGACUGGAAUAAGUCUGCCGGGCUUUAAGUUACAACAUUCUUGGCUAACCUCUCAUUUUAAGAUAGACUGAAAAGAAGUAUUUGUUUUGUGAGUAUAGUUGAUCUUUGAUCGACUCCCUUCUCUGCUCCCUCUUUUUUUAUGAAUGUUAAUUGGUCGAUGUGGGAUCAAACAAAGCAGAUAUACUUAAACAAUUUUAAUACUAUUUCACUAAUGCAACUUCAAAGAAUGAUAGAGUUGGCAACAUGCAUGUAUUUGGUAAGCUUUAAUAACUUUUGUUAUAGUUUUGGCACAUGUCAACAAUGAAGCACAAUGAUUUAAGAAUUUCCAUUAUUGAUUAAAUUAUAUUGUUUGCUCAUUAACUUUUUGAUCAUCCAUCAAUUAUCCAGACAAUUCAGCCCAAGAGUCCAGAUAUUCUAGGUUUGAUUGUACAUGAUUACACACUUAUAUACAGUCAUGUUUAGGUUGGUGGAUCCAACUCAUCUUCUGGUCAAGAGCUCUAUUUGUGUUAUCAGUAUAAUCUGAGGAGAUGCUGGACUUCUGCUUUUUGGAAGGGCCUAUGGUAAGUCAUUUCUUUAUGUAUUAUCUGGUACUUAAAAUUUGUCAUAAGUACAGGAAAGAAAUAUACUGUAUUUGCCUUUGAAGGAGGGAUAUUCCUUCAGAUUACCAGAUAACUUAUCAAUGAUAAUAGCAAUAAAAAAGGGUAUAUAGUAGUACCAGUAACAUUGAUAUUGAGAAUAACAACAAAUAGAAAACGAUAACAAUGAUAGUAAUAAUACAAUGUCAAUUAUGCACACAUUUUGUGACCAGUGGAUACUUACACUGUAUAUAGCAAUUCCUUUGGAUGAGCAUUGCCCCAUCAGUUCAGUGGUGUAAUCUUUCGUCAUUUUUUUUGUUAUGAACUAUCAAAGUUAAUCUAUAACUUGAAUAAAUUGAUGUUGAUUUUAAUUUUGCUAUUUUAAUUUCCAAUUUUAAACUCAGUUGACCUUUAAAGGAAUUUCUAGUUCUUCAGCUAGAUACAACAAAGUCCAUACGAGUCCUCAACACAGUAACCUAACAGUAACCUCGUUUUCUACCAGGUUUGUAAAUGUUGCCCUGCAACAGCAUUUUAAAUAGUAAUGAAGAAGUCUCACGAAGGCUUAUGUUGAGCAAAGGAUGGAAGGUAGCAGAAAUUUCUCAAAUCUGAGGAGGGACAUUGAUGCUCAUCAGAGGAAUCUUCGAGCCAAAUCAAGACAUAAUCUCCAGUGUAAGCUUGCUGUGUCUCUUAUGUGCAAGAAUGGCAAAUGGUAAGUCUCAAGAUCGUACUGGCCCGUAACUGACGAAGCUUAUGGAUAUCCCGGUUUCAAAAGCAUAUUGCAACCAGGAAUAUUGACUAACACUCCUGCACGAGAUGCCUGUCACUAAACUCAAGGUCGGAGGCAUUUGUCAGAAAACAAGAGUUGGACAGAAAGGUAAAGUAUUACUUAUACUUUUCAGUAUUUAACGGUACCACUUAUGUUACCUCACAUGCGAUAUUCCUCACGUUCUUACCCUUGAAAUAUAUUAUGUGUAAUCAUAUGAUAGAACAAUUUAGAUUCGUUACAAAGGAACAAAUGUUCCAGUUUAUAUUUCUGGAUUGGUGAGGCAUUGCGACACAACGCAAGCGCCCUAUCCAGGGCUCGUACUUUUGCCUCACGAUCUCGUGAGUCAAGUGUGCAAACCUUUAAGCCCAAUGUCUCCAACAUGAAAGAAGUGUUGGUGAAAUUAAGGUUUUCCAAAUAACUCACGGACUGCAAUCUUAUGCAUCGUUGAAAUGUAUAGUGCUGAGUGACGUUUUACGUCGAGAGAGAGAGAGAGUUAUCAGCAAAAUCAACAAAUUAAUUGCUUUCGUUAUCUUUACUGUCUGUACGGAGAUAAUAUUUCUUCAAAUAACCUUAUCCCGUCUCUGAGCGCUACACUUAACUACAGACGCCUUACUCUUUGAUCUCAACACCAUUUCAUAAAAAUAGACAGUCAAAGACUGCUUGUUGCUACUGAUAUAGCACAACUUUUACAGCAUUGAAAAGCACAAGAGGUUGUGUAAUGAUGCUAGAAGGUGGUGUUGUAGAAGAUUUGUCUCACACGCAAAACAGAGAACCUGCCGCAUCCCACAUAUCUAAGAGUACCCUUCCACAAGGAAAAAAUGAUUCAAGAAUAUAUUGUCCAAUUGACAUUCAACUGAUAAUUGAUUGGUAACAAAUAAUAAUAAUAAUGAUAAUAGUAAAUGAUAAUAAUAAUAUUAAUAAUAAUGAUAAUAACAAUUAUACUACUUAUAAUAAUUGUGAUAAAUAUACUACUACUACUACUAACAAUAAUGAUAAUGAUAAUAAUAAUAAUAAUAAUAAUAAUAAUAAUAAUAAUGAUAAUAAUAGUAAUAACAAUAGUCUUAUGAUAACGAUUCAAAGGGGCCAGCUCGAAAGCCUCGCGAUUCCCAAUCCCCUUGGCUCUAACAGUAAUGAUCUGUGCUUCUCUUAAUUUCGCCUAUUAGUUGUAAAUAAUUUCGUAUUUUAUUUCAAUUCCAUUUUUUUAGACUUUUGUUUCAUACAAAAAGGCAUUCGGCGUUUUAGGAUAUUCCGUCAUUUCGCGUCUUCAGAUAUUCCGCCAUUCAGCCGAUCUACCGUUCCCCGUUCUACCGUUCCAUUUUUCUGUUGUAGAACUCAAGGUAUUAAUUUAAUUCGCUGCAUGAUCGACCCCACGCGAUUCGGCAUAAGUCGCUGAAUUAAAAUGCUCUCUUUUCAAAGAGAAAUGAUUUUCCUUUAAGCUUCCAUGAUGUGUACAUCGCAUGUAUUUUUGCAAGGAAAAGUUUUUAAUUAAAAUUUACGUCGGUGCAUACCACUGAAAAAUUAUUUUGAGAUGUUUAUCAUCUUUUGAAGUGUUACGGCAAGAACUGAUUAUAUCUUCGGAUCUACAUAAUUUGCUGUUUUAAACGGUAAAAUGCUUCCAAAAAAAAAUUUCUAUAAGUUUCUUGAUCACCGAUCACAUAUAUUAAGACAUUUCUGCAUGGAAAACUUGUAUAUAAUGGCGCGCAAUCUUUAAAUGCUUGUGAGAUGUUUAUCCUCUUCUGCUGUCUUCCGUAGUGUCACGGCAAGAACUGAGAACAUAAUGCGCUGGUGGCUAUAAGCCAGAAAUCAGAAAAAGAAGAGAUCUUAACUGUGUAUCGAGUGCGAAUGUAGAAUUUCUUAGAUGCUCCGAAAAAAACAAUUCAUAGCACCUGGAAACAUCGGGUCAAUAUUGGGUCAAUGUUACACUCACUUGCUCGCUCACUCUCACCCACUCACUCACUUACUCACUAACUCAUCUCGACGACAUAUGUGCCUUCGUCUUCUAUCGGAGGCAGUAGCCGCAAAAACACUCUUGGCUGACACUUCAUUGUUUUUCUUUCCAGAACAAAUAAAACGAAAUCGGCUCCUUUAAGAGCCAAAAAUUAUUCUGAAGGAAUGACCAACGUUUUAGUUCAAUACUCGUACUCGUGUGUCGUCAGGCCCAGUGUUCCAUGGCGACUAAAGAAAUAAUCAUAAUACUACUACUACUACUACUACUUCUACUACUUCUACUACUUCUACUACUACCACUAAUAAUAAUGAUGAUUAUAAUAAUGAUGAUAACGAUGAUGAUGAUGGUGAUACUGAUAGUAAUAAUUAAAAUACUUAUAAUAAUAAUAAUACCAAUGAUAAUAAUAAUAAUAAUGAUAAUAAUGACGAGCCGAAUGAUUAGAGGGUGAACUUUUACUAUAGGGGGCGAACAAGCAAAGGUAGCAGCAGGGGCGACCUUGCAAUGAGGCGAAUUUACCAGUCACUGAUUCAGAGGCUUCAAAUGCGGUUAAGACAUAGACCGGUUUCAGCGAUAAAGUUAUCACAUAUGUGCAUCAGUCAAUUUUCUCGUUUUGAAAAUACUAGAACAGGCAAAGUGAAGACCACUUUUUAAGACCUCCAGUAGGCCAAGGAAGGCAUUCAUUGUAUUCCGCACUGAGCGUGUUGCUCUGUAAAUCCAAAAGUGUCUGUCUUCAUGACCGCUCGAUGAUUUUCAGAGAAACAGUAGCUCCAGAUUUUCCCUUUUUUUUUACUUCGCCAAAUAGGAAAUCUUUCGUGGAGUAGAAAUAGAGCAUUUCAAUGGCAAAGUUAGAGAAAAAUCCCAUCGUUUUCAGUUCAAUGAAAGGGUAGCAUGCUGGAUGCAGAUUUUGAAAAGCGUCGAGUGUUAAUCGCACAACCUAGAGGUCUCACGGAAUUUGAAACUACAAACAACGCGUGCAAAGCAUGCUAUUCAACGGUCGUUAAUAUCUUUAUUGAUUUGAGAAUUGUGAAAAUCAAUGGUAGAACUUAAACAGUUAUUUAUCUUCUGUCUUAUCUCAAACAUGAUCGGGCUUAAAUGCCAAUAGAAGGAAUAAGAAAAAUAGAAAGGGAAUGCCGAAGGCAGUGUGAAUAAAGAAGGUGAUCAACUGGAGGAGAUUAUUUGGAUUAAACAACAAAUUCAAAGCACAAGCUAACAAGGUGAUAUGUUGACAUCAGAUAGGCGAACCAGCUUCCACAUCUCUGAAAACACUCCUCCAAAAUGCAUUUUUUUUAAGAAUAGGUGAUCCUUAUUAAUUGCUGGAGAGAGUGUAGACGUAAAUCAAAUGAUAAACCCAAUUUGAAUAAUUUAUUUCCGGAAAAACGAAAAGUCCCAAAUUUUUCAUAUUAUUAGAAUUUCUAACUACUCUUCCUCUAUCUAAAAACAUUACGCUAUCGACAUUGCUGAUGAAGGCACUAGGCAGGAGUGUUGAAACGUUGGGUCUAUGAAUUGUAACUUCUUCGGUUAAAUCUGUAAACCAGAGUAGCAUCAAACCAUGUCUGACAUUGCUGAUCUUAGCAGUAUGCAGGACGCGUGUCAUAUGAACUUCGUAAUAGACCCCGCUCACCGUGGAGUCUCAGUGGUAGAGCAUCGGAGCGCGGAAUCCGAAGGUCUGAGGUUCGAUCCCUUAUGGGGACUCGGAAUUUUUUCUUUGUCCCACGCUCGUGACAAGACGAAAAGACAUCUUUCUUUAUUUCUUUACCGAACUCAAAAACUUACCAUCUCUCUUAUUUCUAUCUACUCUUCCUUUGUUCGCCAAGUUUAUCCAUCUCCAUUCCCACCUGGUCUUUGAUCUUACAGACCACGGGGAAUAACAAUAACGGCGCAGCCAAUGCUCAGAACGUCAUUGGCCGCUAAAACAAACAUAACAACCCUAUCUUGUUUACUUUGAUUCGAUUACAGCUGCCAUCCUUUCCUAUUGUAAUCAAGACAUUGCAUGAAUUUGGUACACAAGUCAUAAUGUUCUUUACAGUGUACCAUCUUUCAUUUAUCUUCAGCUAUUAUUAGCAUUUUGCAAGAUGCUUGUGACAGGCGAUCAGCGUAUGUAUCUUCCACGUUGCUCAGUCGUUUGUUCGAUUCCUCUUUCGGAGAAAAUCCUUAUAUUUAUUGAUAAGACGUAUUCUGAUCAGGAUCAAACACGUUUUAUUUAUGAUGUCUCGAAUAAGAUUUUUACCUUAAACCGGAUAAACCAGGGGUUAGAACUGAGACACUAGAUCUUCAGUUUUUACGAAUUCUUCGGUACAACCCUCAAUUUAACAAAAGUUGAGAAAUCAGUCAAAUGCAGUCUCUACAACUAGUCAUUUUAUUUCUCGACGAAGGCAUUCGAAACUUGUAAAUCUUAGCAUUGUUAUGUUAAUUUUACAAGUUUGAUUUUUUAAUUAUGGAGUGAAGUGUCAUCUUGAGUGCAUUAAGUUAAUUGUGAUGAAUAAUGCUUCCGUGAUCUUCUUACUAACGGAAGAUUUGAGUUGAUGAGUCCAUAAUUGUUGAUGAUGUCAUGAGUAAGGUUUUCUUAUACAACACUUCUUUCUCUAUUUUUGCCUGCAACUUUUCACACCUGGUCCUGCGGUGGACUUAAAACCUAUUACAUUUUUUCAAGUACUUUUAUUCACAUCAUUGUUUUAACAAUAAAAAGUGCUUUUUGUCCUCUCUUACGAACAAGUUAUUUUCGUCAAUCUAUUUUCUUAUUUCACGUUUUCGCCCUUUUCGCAUGAUUAGGAACUUCUGAGUUGGUGAUUUUCAAUUAAAGUUAAUGUUAUGUUGUUACUUUUUGGAAACUGAUGGCUCUUACCUUUGUUUGCUCUCCCGAUCGAAACUUGACAAUAUAAAAAAUCUAACCCAGUUAUUGAUGAAGUACAGUUUUGACCAUUGCACUGAGUUUUUUUUACUGCGGUUUUCAAUUGGCAGAUGGCAUAGUGAAACCGUUCAGUUGUCAAACAAAUUAAAGCUGCUGUGUGUAAUGUUCUCAUUUAAAAUAUAAUCUUUAUACCAUAUGUAUCAUAAUCAUAUUAUCAUCUUGGUUUGUACUGGACAAGGACCAUGUUUCUUAUAGUUUUGUGAGGGAAUCAAUUUUAUAUACAUAACAGGCUCCGUGUAUGAGAACUCUUUGUUAUGUGUGGGUUUUUGCUCAACUUAUUGAAUGUUCUGGAAAAAGUUGAUAUGAGAUCUUGAAUCACGCAAGUAUUUCCUUGGUGCUUCCUGUAGCAUUUAUCACUUACAACCUGUUAACAUGGGUUACUAUGAAACAUUUUUGGAAUUUUCUUGGCUUGAAUGUGGCUGGAGCUUUAUAUUAUCCAGUUUAAAGACGAAUCGGCUUGCGUGUAUCGCAUUUUCACUUAAACAGACUUGAAACAUUUAGACACCUGUAAGACUGGAAUAUUCUCACGCCAUCGCGUGACUUAGCCUCAUUAUCUCAAUGCGGGCUACCCCUUUUUGACCGCUGAUUACGCCUUAAAUGGUUUCUUCGAUUUUACGGCCAUUAAAGCUGUCUAUUUCGGGAAGUAUAAUUGCCCCCUCCUGGUCUUUAACUAAGUCUCUCGUCUGUAACUAACGAUUAGCAAUCAGCUAGUCACGAAAUGGAUACGGCAAAGUUAUGUAAACAUUGGAAGUUAGAACUGGUUAUGCAUCAUUUUGUUGCCAUUCUAGAACUUCUAAGGUGUCUUGAUGAAUGUAACAGAGUCAUCUCUCCUCUUUAAUGUUGAUCAACUGUACAAAUAGCCCUGUAUUCCUCAGGCAUUGCGUAGACACCCAUAAGUGAAUGACACAGAUGAUUGACUCAACACGCGAUGAUAAACUGUUUUGGUUUCUCUUACUUCAGCUUUUCCUUUGUCCUCCCAUUAGUUUCUUUGUUCCCUUCACACUUCGUUGUACACUGAAGUGUUUUCGUCUAUUCCGGAUACUUAAUUUCUACAGUUGCCCUAGUGCCACUACACAACUAACGUAAAAGCACUUCUGUUCUCUCACGAAAUGUUUAUGUCGCGCUUCGGAGACUGCGUGUUGUAACUUGAUUUUAUGCCAGUUGGCGGUCCAUUCUUUUGUGCUUCACGAGGCUACACUUUGUGCUGUCGUUGUGUUUGCUUUCUGUUGAGCUGACGCAGAGAGAUCUGCUCUCUCGCUAAUCUGUAUUGCCAAGGUGAGAUAAGCACUAUUUAAUAGAGGGUAUAAGUCCACAUCCUGUUACAUCAUUUCUCCCAUACGAACUUUUCCGGUGGCUAUAAUGAGCAAAUACUUAAAAACAACUCCCACUUUAGCCCGAAAUACUAGAUAAUAUAUUUAUUCCCCAGUUUACUUUUCCUUUCUUUUCUUUUUCUUUUUGUUUGGAAUGAGCGUUAAUCAAUUUGUUCUCAGUUCACUCCCUAUGCCUUUGUGCAGGUAUGUUUUAGCUAUCAUUUUAACUCUUACUGGGCAUUGCCCUCUAAGAACGCUCGCAGCACAGGCGCGCAGGUAUUACUUCACUUUACCAAAUCUCCGCCCAUACAGUCAGUACAUUUUAGAGAUUACUCUUACAACUUACGUACGGGAAGUGAUAUUGACUAAUUCCAAUUUCAUUUGCUCUAAGCUACACUAUUUACCGGAUGGUUUUAAAAGUAAGGCAAAUGAAAAUUUGUUUUGCUAUUUUUGAACACUGGCUUUAAAUAUGGAUACAAAAUAAUAAUUUCGGUUGUUUUUCAAGCCUCUGGGUGGUUGAGGUGAAGUACUUGUACACUCUCUACCCUCUAUUACUGAAUUCUCUUAGAUGUAAUGUAAUCCGUUUGCCAAUCUGUUAACUAAGCUAGAAUUGCUUUCUGUUAGUGUUAGCCUGCUCGGCCAUAAGCUGUCUGAUAGAAAUAGAGCAUCUGUAAUAUAAGUAAGAGUACUGUGCGUCAGCAAUGGGUAUUCGUUGUUAGUACGGUAUUUCACAGGACAUCUUUUUAUUAGUACUCAGGUCUUUAAGCUGAAAACUAGCUUUAGGACACUGCCUUUGAUCAAGUAACUGUUGUAUUGUACAGUAUUGUUGGUCUAUGGUGACACAAUGGAAAUAUACAGUCUUAAAUACACCCUACGAGAGUCACAUCUAGCUAUUGAAUGUGAACGUUCUUUGUCCGCCACCUUGAAAAGUUUUAAUUUCUUGCAUGGUCUCAAAAAUAAGUCAUCGGGUCUAGGAGGGUGAAAGCUAUUAGCUUUUGUAUGAGUCAGGGAACACCCUUGCGCAAGACCGUUAGGCAGCUAUUCAGCAAUGCGUUUGAUUCCAGUCGUUUAAUAUGUCAAAUCAAUUGGGUUUACAUUAUCUCUGGGAAAUAAAGCAUAAAACUCAAUAGCAAGAUUGUCCAAUCGUAAUGAGAUUUUCUAAAGGGUUUUUUGUAUUCAUUAAUGAAACAUCACUGAUAAAAACAGUUGGAUAGAAAUGUCAAUUAAUUUCACAAAACACAAGGUAAAAAAUCAUUAUGAUCAUAUUAUAAUCAACUGGAAAUUCCAGAAACAUUUACUAUGUCUGUGAUUCACCAGUUCAAAAUGAAAAUGCAUGUUGCAUUAUUCGGAGGAUGGCAAAUUAAGUUUAAUUACAUGGAGCAGAAAACUUUAGAUUGCCCUCUUAAACGGCUAAACAAAUCACUACUCCCUUCAGACUGUUUGGAGAUCAUUUUUUUGAUAUCACAGAAUUAUAACUAUGUAUGUGGAUUUUCUUUGAUGAAGAGUGGAUUACAGAUCACUCCAACCAUAGGGAGCUGAGGACUCGCUUUCUCCUGGGGACUGAAAGUGUUUCAUUUGUUCUGCACGCUUUUAAAAACUGAUGCAAGGGUAUUUCAUUCUUAAAAAAGAAAGAAAAAAAAACAAAUGAAAAACAAAAAAACACUAGAUGGGCUGAAUAGGUGCAUGGAAAUCAUGCUGGAAGCCAACUCAUCGCCAAAAAAUAGUGAAAUAUAAGUUUAUUUUCACUUGCUGGCAUUAUGUGGUGAAUCAUUGUUCAUCCUCUGUCGUCGCUUGUCAGACCGCAAGAAAAGAGCUGAGGCCAAAGCUAGUAUCAAUCUCGUUGUAAACUGUGUGGUGGAUUGCUGAAAUAACGUAUUAGAAAUCUAUUAGUGUGUCUGUGUGAGGAAAGUUUAUUGUGAAAAGUCCUUCAGGUUUAAGGUUGUUUCAUAUACUGUUUGUGAAGAGUCUAGGAGUCUUCAAUAUCUAGCUUCUUAUUGUCUUCACGCGCAACAAAGAACCGAUUUUUGUCUUGGUGGAUACAAAAGCGCCGAACAUGUCCUAAAUACGUGCCCCGAAAUAUCGCAACAAAUCUGCUGGCUUACUGAUUAGAUGCGUUGGGAUUUCAACGGCGUAUGCACUAUUUCUGAAAACGUUUCUUUAUUAUAAAUGAGAUAAUGGUCAAGACCCAUACAACUUUAAAAUUAAUUACACUUUCUUACCAUGUAGUCUUUUUUUGAUUGACAUUAGAUUGAAGAUCUAAAGGAGAGUCCCAAAAGUGUCCUAGUGUGAAUAAGCAAAGUGAAGCCAUCGGCUUUGCCAAUCAGUUUAAUUGUAAGUAUGUAGUGAUCCUUCAAAAUUGUGAAACGGUGGUGAUUAGAAAGUUACUACUUUUAUCCGAGUUUUAAGGUGGCGGCCUCGAGUUUCUGGCAAAUUUGUCUGAUUUAAAUCUGUAUCGAAGGUAACAGGUUAAUUUUCUUUGAAUUUAUCUCUUACAACAGUUAAACGAAUGACAAGAUUUUUUUCACAGCAUGUAUUAACCACUUAGGUCAUUAUCAGAAAUGCCUUCUAUUUGUUAUGUCUUUCUUUAGCACACGCGCCCUACAGGUGCAGUUGGGAAAAAUUUGCGCAAUUUACGCGCCCCACAGGUGCAGUUUGGAAAAAAAAAACACUGCGCUAUUCUUUGCCCUAUUGCUUUGUGUGCUAUAAGAAGUUUGGCAUGAUGGAAAGUUUUCUCUUAGAGGUUCUAAUGUGGCUAAUUCUCCGUAAGACUUGUAAACUUUUAAUAAGGGUUUAUUAAAAACGUUAUUUUCAUUGUAACUUUUGUUAUCUCUCCCCUACUUCUGUCUGUAAAGAAAUUAAACGUGUCUAGCGGUAAAAGUGAUUUUUCUUUUAAAAGUUCCGAAGUUUCAUUGAGAUGACCGCUUUUGGCGCCAAUUAAAAGAUAAAAAAACAACGUUAUAUAAUUUCAAUUUGGUGAUACUCUUUAGAAUCUGUCGGCAGAACUCUGUUUUUUUUCUUGGUUGGCUUUGAAUCUGAAAAUUAGAAAGCUUUUUUAAGGCGUUGAGCCUGAAGUUAAACCAAAUUAGAAUUUACGAAUUGUCUCACAGAUACUGGAGUUGUUAGCUGUAACACGUGCUGUGUUUGUAAAAUUGUACACAUGCAUCGCUGAUAAUUGCUAUGGAGGGUUAUGUAUUCCUUUCUGUGAUAGCACAUUGAACAAAUUAUGGGCUAUCGCAGAGAUAUUAGGAACUUCAAAAUUAGAUAUCAUUUGCAUAUUUUUCAUAUGGCACUGACUAUUUGUGUUUUCCCUGGGAGAUAUACUUUACGAUUUACUGCCAUUUUCCUUUAUCAUUAGCAACGUUAGGAAACUUUUUGUUUAAGUCAUGUUACACCAGAAGGGAUUUCAUUAAUUUUCAGCGAAUUUUGAAAACCUUUAAGCGAACUUCGGCCCUUCUUUAAGUUGAAAUAUUUGUUCUUAUUUCAUUAAAAAAUAGAAUGAUUUAAGAAUGGGCAUAAUUGCGACAUUCUGUAUCUAAUCAAAGUGUUCAUCCAACUGCGUGAUUUCCAUUCCAAGCUGACCGUUUUUCUGAUAGUUAGCUGAGUCGUCACAUAAAAUGCUUGUUUCUGGUUGUAACUGCUUUCAAACAAAAAUAUUCGAGUUCCGACUAGAAACUACUUUGAAACCAUGGAGGACGUUACGAUAUCGUUGUAACAUUUAUCCAAGUCGAUAUGAAUUAUUUUCCUUGGAAGUUUUCUAAAGUACAAUUUAUCCUUCAAUCUUGGUUGUAAAGAUGUUCAUCGGUUAUGUAGUUUUGUCAUCGUUUCCUUUUAUUAUCGUUGUGAUAAUCUAAUUUAUUUCAUGUAACGUUCUUGAGUGCCAACCAAUAUGAAGUGUACUUAAUAUUCGGUUUUAUGUCUGAAAACGUCUAUAUUUGUGAGGUAAUGCCUUAAAAAAACGUCAAUUUUCAGUUCACAUCUUUUCUCAAGCUUAUCGUUCAGUCUCACUCAUUUUUAAAGUAUUGAAAACUGAGAAAAUUGUCGACCUGAAAGAAAUAGAUGGUAUUCCGUAGAUCAGAACUCUGAGUGCUCCAAUGAUAAGACUGAGUCUUUUGUGAUUGGAAUUGGGCAGCUUCAAAUUGUCACUCUUUUGAGCUACGUCGAUCACAGGCAUUCUAACUAUCUUUUUUCUUCAAUCUAGAAUCAUCCUGCACAGCUACUACAACUUCUCGUUUGAUUUAUUGUCUUGAAUGCAAUUCUGAGGUAUUUUAGGAACGCUAGAUUCUACACGGGUUUUCAAACUUGCAGUUUGGACGUUUUCGUUAUUUUUUUUAUCACGUGAGUUCAUAGCAUCAAAUACAAAAUACACUUGUUAAAUACCGUAAUGCAACCGCUAAAAGGAUUUUCAAGUAUUGUCCUUGAUGUAGUUGUGAUCAAAACAAGUCCUAAGCGUUUCAUUUUUUUUUGCUUUUCUUUGCACCCGCGACAAAUAUAUCAAGUGGACUCUUUUGAACUUUAACAACGAGGGAGCUAUCAGUUGUUGAAUUAUUCUACGCGAAAAUAAUCGCAAUUAUUGAAGGUCAAUUCAUUCUCAAAACACCUGAAUUAUCACAGUCCUGGAUUCGUGAUCAUGGUCAGCAAUAAGCAAUACCACCUGGUUAAUUGCAUGCCUCUAGCGUUUCAUGUUCUGACUUUGAGUGUCAUGUGAUUGUGUUGUAGUCAUCUAGCUGAGGCGUAAUAUCAUUUAGAAAGGGAGAAAAAAAAAAUCGAAAAUGAGAUUCCGCGAUUCUUGUUGAUUAUUUCAUGACGGUCGUGGCGUCUUACAGUGACUAUGACAAAUAGGUUCUCUAGCUUCUUUCUUGCAAUUGGUUUCCUAGAGUUCUUAAGCGCACCGCUCUGAAUAAGCUUGCAAAGUGGGUAAUAUCCACCCAACAUAUUUUCCACUUGCACUGAUUAUUUUUGCCAUCGAAGUUAUAUUGAUAUCAAAAUCUAAAUAUACAUAUAUGUUGCCAGUUUUGCUUACUCAUUUUUGUUUACUGGUUUUGUUUUUAAAUAGUAGAUUUCGUCAGGGGAUAAAUAUCGGCUCUGGGCGAUCGAGUGUCCUCAAGUAGACUUUUAUCGCCUGUACGUCAUAGAUACCCAGCGCGUGAGAACCAGCCCGCUUCCUCGACCUCUUACAGGAACUGUGGCGCUUUAUUAAGUACCGCGGUGGGCUUAACAUCACUUGACUGUUAAUGAGUUCGUGAUCCUAGCCUAGGCAUAGCCCAAGCGCAGGCAUAACCUCGCAAGAAGGGGGAAGAGAUGUACAUAUUGUCAGAGUAAUGGUGUUGUGAUUUUUAUCCCUUGAAGUUUUGUCAAGCAAGAAGAGCCCUUCCUUCCAAAAGUCACAAUUUUCAAAGCCAGAUCUGUAACCCUAUUGAUUGGAAUAAUAGGCAUUAGAGAUACACCCGACCGUGGGAAAAAUUCCACCCGCUCAAUUAUUUUGUCAUUUGUAAAAUUUAAUUUUGAAACGAAUCCAGGAAAUUUUCUCGCGAGUACUUUUAGAGAUGACGUAGAUUCUUCUCCUCAUUGGGCUGAAAAUCUUUUUGAUUAGAAGAAAAGAACUAAAGGACUUAUUUUUCUAUCUUUAAUCGACUUACCCAUGGCAGAAAUAGAACCUUUUUGUGCUGAUUUAAAAGUUGAUGUUUCCUCAAUGUUCUAGCGUAUUCCUCACAACAAUUUCUGUAGGCGAAGGGUGAGACCAGAAAUCAUACACCAAAGUUGGUGAUAUUUAGUGUCAUAGAAACAAAUAAUAUCAUGAGCAGUUUACGAACUAUUACUAAGCAAUUUGUUGUUCACGUCAAGCUUUAAUUUCUGGUUAUAAUAUUUUUUGAAAUAUUGCUUCCUCUCUUGACUAUAAAUAAGGUUCUACUAGUUCUGUGUAUGCUUGGAUUGACUACUGAUCUCAUUAAGGCAUCUUUGUCAUAUUUAGAAAAAACUUGAAUUUUUAUGGUUUAAAAAAGAAAGAUCAUUUUUACCGCACUCAACUUCACCUUUUUAAUCUUAUGGUUGUAGAUAGGUGUUGGUCUCUAUCUUCCAUUUUCUUAUUUGUUUUGUUACAGUAUUCUCAGAAUAGGUUUUCACGAAAAGACAAAACAUAUCCUCCCUGCUUACAAUUCUUAUGUAACGCAAGCUUUGCUAAUACGGGAUGGUCCAUUCUGAAACACUCUGAUAGUCUCAGCAGCGAUACAGCACCCAUUUUAUUCCCUUUUUACUUAGCAUUAUAACAGUAAAGCUCUCAACUUUGAGAGAAAAACAACCGGGUUUGUGACGUCUAUGAUAGCGUGCGAUAUGUGUGAUAUUGACCGACUGUGUGCACCUUCCCACGCCAGUCAUUUACUUGUACAACAUCAUCGCGUCGAGAUACUGCCGAGACUGACUAAGUGAUAGUAUCGGGCAUGCGAUAUUAUCUUAAGAACUUGAAGCAAUAGAUCAUCAUAACCAUCAUCGUAAUCUCCAAACAAUCAGUUCUUAAACAACAAGUGUAGCUUUUCCUCUUGAGCGUUUUCAGUGGUUUGCAUGGCUGGUUUAAAGGGAAGUCCAUGUCGAAUCAAUAUUAACCCUAUUGAAAACGACCCUUCAACGACUAUUUCCGUUAAUAUAAAAGCCUCUCUUUAUUUAUCAUAAUCAUAUGUGUUUAAAUCGACUGCGGGUUCACUAGUGCUGCAGCCCGAACAUAACCAUUUCAAAGAAACACUGUGGAGUUCCUUUACUUUACUCUUUUUAUCUCUGGUAAUCAAACUGAGUUCGUCAAUUCUGUGUAAGUAUAAACCUUAAUUCAUUGAAAUUUUGUUAUGAUUGUUUAUCUACUCCAUCGACCUACAAUGCUUUCACAUGAUACAAGGAAUGGAAAAAAAAUGUUGCGGAAAUAUCUUCAAACUGAGGUCACUGUUGUGUAAUCUCAAGUUUAUCGUUCCAGAAUGUUCGCGCAGCGCGUGCCGUGUGGAAAAUUACUACCUCUGCCCGACAUGGCAACAAUAUAUCCCGGCAGAUAUAGUUCAAAUAUUCGCUUCUUCAUCUUAGAUUUCUAUGCCUAUCUUAUUUGCUGUUCGUUUUUCUAAUCGUGAUUAGCUGUACUGUUUGCUUUUGUCGAACACUACAGCUAAGAUCGUUCGAUGAGCGCUUCCCUGAAGUUAGGGAGUUUGUACGAUUGCAAUAUACCUUUCUUUUUUUUAAUGCGCAGUAUUGAUUUAUGAGAAGGAAAAUCACUUCUUUUAUUGAUUAAGUGCAGUGUAGACGUCUUUGUGCCGAGAAUCAUUUCCACUAUUGUUAACUAUUUUUAUUUAUCACUGUUUUACUUCGAUGAAUAUCAAAGAAUAACCCAUCGUAGCAGGGGAAACAAAAUAAAGGGAACUGACUUCAAUUAAAAUGAAACAGCGAUCAACGUCAGUGGAUCAGACCUUAAGGACUGUAAUUUUCUUCUACAAAAUCAUAAUCACCUGUGUUUUUGACUUAAUUAUACUGGAUCAUUUUACUUUUGAAGCACACGUGUGUUAUCUUGUUUCCAAGGUUCAAAGAAGUCAAUCUGGUUUUUCUAAAAUAAUAAUUUCUUUUCUUAGCGCAAAGAAAAUCAAGCCAAAAGUCAAAGGCGUGCCAUACUUCCUUGUUCCAAUGUUUUGUUCUCACGAUUUAUGACUCACUGCAAACGAAGUGGAGAUCAUAUAUAUUUAAUAGCGGAGCUUUUAGUACAAUAAGUAUUAGCUUUUACGAUAGUGCCGACCUUGGUGGUUCUUUAAGAAAUCAAGUCUUGGGAACAAGUAUAUUAAACUCUAAACCGCAAUUAUGCAAAUGGCUCUCUAUGACGAACAACAAAAACCGCGUUUGAAGUGUUUUCCUCCUCCGAGUCUUACACCCGCAGUGUUGUAAUAAUUUUUUUUAACCUCUCAACUUGAGUUGCCUUAGUUUUGUUCUGGUUUAUUAAUUUUGGUUUUUGUUCAAUGUCGCGCUGAGAUUCCGUUAUAUGUACAUAACGGCCCGGUAUAUAUGGCUGGUUUUCGAUUUCUCUUCGCUUUCAUUAUGCAUUAAUGCAAUUAUAUUACUUAUUUUUUUCAUUACACUUUAGACUCUUUAAUAAUCGGCUGCCAGGGCCACUUUGAUAAUUACUUAUUUUGCAGUGAACCCAAAUAGGAAGAUGGAAAUUUAUUGUCAAGUAAUGAAACAAAUUGUACAAGAUUACUUUCAAUGACAUGGGGCAAAGAAAUGGCUUGGCUUCUCUAAGCAAUUAACCACCCAUGUGGUCUAACUGAGAAAUAAUUCUGAUUGUUAAACCCGAAUUUUUCCAGGAUUGUUUAGUGCGAAAUUGAUGUCUCAAUUUUAUUUUGAUUUUACGUUGUUAGGGACAUUUUUAAAGUUGCCCAGGGCGAGGAGACAAAAUCGCACGUGUCGUUAAAAAUAGCGAAGGGAAGCUGUAAUUGGAAGGCCCGUGCGAAGCGGCUGCGGGGUUUUGUCUAAUCUUUCUUUCAUUAAAGUGAAGUCUGCGGGAAGUCAAUUUUGUAAAAUCACGGAUACAAAAAGUAUCACAUUCAUAGUAUUAUUUCUUGUAUCAUAAUAAGACGUCUAAAUAUAAAUAGGGAAGAAGGAAAUCACUUUCUUCAUAAUGUAAUUAGUGGAGACUUCAUGCGGCGAUCACUAACGGGGAACAAUUAUCCGUGUUUUUCUCGUUAUUAACGAUUCUUGACCGAAUUAAUUGAUGUAGCUGAAUUUAGAACAUGGAUCUUCGAUUUAGGACUUGGUCUUGAUUUCAAUCUGAAGCGAUACUCUUCUUCAUUUUAUGAUGUUCUAAUCAUAUAGUUAAAUAUAUCGUCAUGAAUUUAAUGUUAUUAUGGUGUUCUGUACGCCUCCCGCGGAGACACCACUGGAGCAUGGAAUCUUUGAUAUUAGUUUAAUUAAUGUUUAACAGAAAAACUUCGACAUUUCACGAAACUUGUGUUUCUGUUAGAUAUGUUUCUGUAGGGUGUGAUGGUCACACAUCUUGAGAAUAGCAGUUACGACAGCGUGUUAGGAUGAUGAUUAGAGUUAAAUGCAAUAACGAGAUUUAUUUUCGGCUGAGUUAAUUACUGAACCGAAGGUCACUCAAUCAUUUGAUCAAACGUUAUGCUUUGAGGCUAAGCCACCUGGUUACGGCCACCUUGCUUUCCCAUCGUCUUCUCCCGCCUUGUAAUCAUAAUUUUCUCAAAACUCGCUAUAUCUAACCGACGCAAAGGCUGCUUUCUAUGCCCGGUCGAAUACUCUCAACGAGUCGCCGAAGCCGUAUUUGUGCUCGCGUGCCAUAACAUCACGCCAUUAUACCCAUUACAUAGUUUGCUUUUGAUGAACUUUUGGUGUAUAGUGGAUGCAGGUCAACGAAAGAAUGUAAAACACAUGUUUUCCGCUGCUAUUAAAGAUAUUUUUCAUUUCAGUCUGAUUUAUACUUCUGCAAAUAGCCUUUGAUUCUUAAUGGUUCCCUCGAAAGGAUCUUUCGGGAAAGGAAUAUUUUUGCGUGAUCUUGGGCAACGGUGUUGAUGCGUGAAAAAAUAUGAAAAAAACUUCCUAUUUGUAGAGAGAGAACUGUUUCUAUUAGGAUCAUUAAUAGAGUGGAGUCAUCGAUAAGGCUAUUUAUCUUUCUAAGGAUGUCCUCGCUUAAAGCAACCGUUUAUACACUCACUAUCACCACGGUUAUGAUAGCUCUAGAUAAGUCGCCAUCUUGUCAAAUGGAAGAGGAAUAUAUAUAUUUUUGUCAAAACACGCUCGUUAUUCGAUCAAUCUUAGACCAAGCUGGGGAACUAUUCGCCAGAUUUAAAAAUAGACUAAGGUUAAUGAGAAUAUUUAUCCUCCUAUAAUAAUCCAAAAAUUUUCACGAGACGUUUUCACGACUGCCAAAUUGAACCCGCACGCCGCAAAGAGUUUAAACAGCGAAUCGCACGCAAUGGGUUAAUUCUGCCGCGAUUUGGUCAAAGCGUCGCAAUCUUGCAUGUGCACUCUUAUCGUAGUGAGGUCUUCAUGGCAAUUUAGUUAAUCCCGUUGAAAUGCUCGUAACGGCUUGAAAGAAGACGAAAUUUGGUUUAUAAUACGGUGGGCGUAUCACUUCUUAAAUGUUAAUUCAAACAACUCUUUUAGUACGCCAGCGCGAGCCAUUAGUACCAGCAUUGACAUUUGAUUUAGAAGGGUUCCUUAUUGUUCUUUAUUGGAGUAUAUUACUGCUCCCAGUGGGAUACGGCGUGCAAAUAGGAAAGCUUCUAGAUACGUUGGAUGCUUAACAACAUUAAACCUUUUGUUGUUUAACAUUACGGGCCAUUGUCCGCGCACAAAGGGCUUGAUAAGCUGAAGGGCUGAUUGAAUUGCAUAAUCCGCUCGAUGAAUAGCAAGCGGAGCUCUAUUAUGUCCUAUCAUUUACAUAUGACAGUAAAAGCAAUUAGGAGCGUAACAAGUGGUAGUUAGUUGUAAUAGAACGGCUUGAUAUUGUGUCCGAUAUUUUGUCUAAUUCUCAGUCUGUUUGUAUAGUCAUUGUUUAGAAGCAAACCCCCCGAGCUGGGGCUUUUAUCUCCUGGUAGCAUAGCACGCCCAAAAAACAUUCGCCCAUUGUCAGCAACUGAGUGAAGUGAACGGCUCACAAGCUAAUCACAAACGUUAUCUGAAACGAUUACUCUUACGGCUGCCGUUCAGAGCUCUUGAGAGUGAAAUAGAUCUCAUAACGCAAGGUAAGAAAGCGUGAUCGCGUUAGGUGCCGAUGAGUUUUUGUAUAUUUGAUUCUACUAUGGCAUGUACGCGCCGAAAGAAAACUGAACCGCGUGGUUGCUUGAUCCGUUUUGAGUACAAACAAAGACUUUGAUGAACCAGUUGGCCAAACAUAAGGCGAUUAGGUCAAGUAACUGGACGUACUUUUUCGAUGCGCACGGGUCGUAGUGUAGCGUAAACGGUCUUGCUUCCAAUCAAAACACACGGUGGAUUACAGAGAAAACUUCACACCUUUGGUUUUUUUGAAGCAUGAUAGAAUGAAAUUACAGUGCUAAGUGAAAUCGGAAGUCGAUUAACUGAAAAGUAUGUAAACAGGGGAGAUUUAGAGUCCAUGAACAAACAACUGAACCACAUUUCCUUACAAGAUGGCGAAGGAAUCACAUGCUCGAUAGAUAUUUUAACAGAUGACGCAAAGUUUUGCGUCGGGAAACGCUCAAAGUUGUGCUGAUGAAUUUAAGAUUUUUGCGAACACUUUUGGACAAAGGUUCUCCGCCCCCGGCUGAUUCUUGCUUUAUUCUACAAUCGAUAAUUUUUGUUAUGGACGUUACAGCGUAUUUGUGAUUUCUUGCCGCGUUUUUUACGCCGGUCGAGUGUAGUUACGAAAACAGACUAUUGGCGGUUAAGCGCCUGGUCGAGGGUCUUGAUUCAAAUGUAGUCAUAUCGCUAGGUUCACCUUGUUCAAUAUAACGCACUUUUCUCACUGGAUUGUUCAUAAAUUACGUUUGUUAUUUCCGAUUUAUUUUGGAGAGGAUUUUCAAAAAUUAUGUUACCUGUGAUCUCAUCCUUAAAACUAGCAAUUACUGUAUUUCGGUUUUUAUCGCCUCGUCUCCUUAGUUUCAAGAAAUAUCGUUGUGGCAUGCUUGUCGAGAUUUGUCCUUCGCGUUAAAACAUUAUUUGAGAUUUUCACGUUUUCCGCUCAACUUACUUCGACUGAAUAUCCUUCGUUGGCGCGAAACAAGAUCUUUUUCAUGUGCUACAUCAUCUUUUAAUUUGAACAUUAACUAAUUGACUUUUGGCCUCAAAUUUUCUCCUUCCGAGGCCAAACUGUAAUUCAAAAACAUUACCAUGAAUGAUUUAUGACAGAGGACACAAACACAAUAGCAUGCAUUUUGAAAAUUUGCUUAUUAGUUGACGUUGUACUAAGUGCUUUUUUCUGUACACCGUUUGUUCAUUCAAUUUGCUCUGAGUUUAGUUUUUUCCGUCGAUUGACUGUUUGAGUUUUGUCGUCUCUCUGUGUUCUUUAAUUACUUUGCGCUGCUAAGUGAAGGCGAGUUGCCAGAUGAAGACGCAAUGUUUUAUCAACUAAAUCCUAGGAAUUUUGAUGAGCUCACCGAAUGUACCCUCAGUUUAUAUGGGAUUACAAUUGAAAGAAAGUAAGGUUGUGAUUUAUUUAAAUCAUUUAAGUUUCACAUUUGGUGUUCUAAGAAAAAAAAUACAGAUUUUAAUGAGAAGGAGAACGUAUUUUAUUUUAACGCCAAUACAAUAGCUACUACUACGAGGUUAAAUUGGUUUUUUUUACCUGUUGUGAUCAUUUCUUGCCACCAGCUUAAAAUCAAUUUCAAGCGAAUUCUGGUUAAUUUCCCUCAACAAUUCGAUUUUGGAUAAAAAGCCUUGCUUAUUCUUGCUGCGAUUGAUAGUGUGUCAUUUUUUUGCUUUCGUUUGAGAUGCCUGAGUGCUUUUAUCUGGAGUUUUGAGUCAAUAUUUUCUACAUGGUUUCAGUAUCUUAAGCAGUAUUGUGCCCGCUCAGAACACGCUUCUUCACUUGGUAUUUCUAAUUUCAACUUCGAUAACAAAUGUACUACAUAAGUUUCAUCCGCGAGUCAGCCCAGCCAAUCUUAAUACUCCUUCUAAAGGAAAAAGGUCCGUAGUUGUAUUUGCAGUCCUUAAGAUCGAUAAAUUCAAUUCAGUAGAAAAAAAUUGUCACUAUGGUUGUACCGGGAAGUCAAACAUCCAAUCGAAUAUCUUCAAAAGCCAAGAAGUAUCUUCAAAAAACAGAGUCGCCUUUUAAUGGACUAGAUUGAGUUGGCAUGCUAGUAUGGCGCUAGUGUGGGUUCGCUGUCGUAAUUAAUUACUUUUCAUUUGCAGAUGACACAUUUGGCAAAUCAUUAGGGACAAUAAUAAGGUGUUUAUACUUCUGAAUCUGCUGUCCGGUGAACCUAAGACUCUCCGCUAUUUAAGUGACAUUACUGCGACCCUGAAUAGCUAAGUGAUUAUCUGUUGUUGAGCCAAGCGUACUUUCCGCGGCUAGUUUCAUUUCAGAUUGUUUACAUUGACAUAAAAUGGUUGUUUUGACAAUCUAGGGAGGUUACGUAGCGAGUAGUAAAAAGCACUGCGGGUUGCUAAACAGCUGAACAAGGGCCAAUAUUUCUUUCUCAUCGUGCAAACAAUAAACUGCUUAUAUUUGCUAUUUUCUGCCUAUAUCGUGUAAGACGAAAGCGUUUUUUCUCUGACGUAGCUACUACACGAUUUUAUAGAGUGAUAAGAGUGAUAGAGACAAAGGAAUUUUUGACGCUACAAGUGAAACUGUGGUACCGCACCAACAGAACUAACCAAUGUCGAUGUAAAGAGCGCUAGUUCGCUAAUGAGCUUUCGCUUUCUUGUUUUAUGUCUUUGCGUAAAUAUAUCAGAAAGUUAAACUUCGAAAAUAAACACAGUGAUGAUAACAUGUUCAGCCGCGUCUGAUAAAUAGAAACGGAACUUGUCUCGCCAACUGCGAAGUGAUGUAAGUCUCAUAUAUUUACUUUGUGUAUUUUUCAGUUUCUUUAGGCAAUUUACUUUUAAUUCCUUAUUUGCUGUGAUGUAUUUUUAAUCUCUAGCCCUUCACAGCUGCUCUCUUGCCCUCGGCGAAUCCCGACGAAUGCCAGGCUUUUGAUUUCUCUCAGCGAGCCCAGCACGUUGCCAAUUGACUAAAUCACGAACUUGAUUUUAGGGCGCAGCUUAAUUUUAUGUUAAUCGGGCAAAUGACACAUUUCUCUUCUUCUUCUUCUUUUUUUUUAAGCAUUCAUCUAUCGGAACUAUCAUUAAACGUGGGCAUCUUAACCUGCUGUUCUCAAUCACGAGGAUACCAUCUCAUUCAAAGAUUAUAUUCAUAACGGUGUAUAAGCAUGACUUAAAGAUAAGCUUCGAUAUCAAUACUAUAUAUUUUUUCACACGAAAAUAAUUACUGGAUCCAACUAGACGCCAGAUUUAGUCAUUAUGUCUUUGCUGAUUGAGAAAUGCCAUGUUUUUGAAGCUGUACAAAGUCACCGAAGGAAAGAAAAAAAAUAAGUUUUCAUAACAAUCGUUCAUUGUCGCGCCAGGGUCUCACGUUUUAUACAUAACCUUAUUUUCUCGAUGUGUGUGUGCUGGGGAAAAAGCAAUUAGGACUCACUCAAUUAGUAAGAACAUGGCUCGCGGGAAAACAGAAAGACAUUUAGAGCCGAAAUACCGUCCAGGCACAGCGUGCAGAUCACGAAUUAAAGCUAAAUCGACUUGUCCGGAAAGACAAGGAAUAAUGGGAAAUUCAUAUGUGGAGGCGUGCCAUUUUACGUAUUGUUCGCACGAUCUUGGGCUAUAAUCCAUCGAACUCAAUACGCUAGAUAAACGAUCAUGUCACUCAGGGCUCAUGGCGUUUAAAUUUCAAUCGGAGACAACCUUGCAUGCCUCUUACAUUGUUUAACUUUUGAUUAUAUCAACUAUUGAAGGUGAUGAGUAUUGUUAUUUUUUGUCGCGCUGAGGAAAUAUUCUGGCGUUAUCUGCUCGGGAAUCUCUGUUCGUCUAACGAUGUGGGAUAAAUCGCAUUGAAGACAUCCCCCGGUAAAGCUUUUAUACGGCGAUAUGUGAUUUUCUGCCUUGCAUCUGUCAGUCAAAACGAUAACGGGAGUAUUCAAAGAAAGAUCGAUCGAGAGCUGCGUUCUUAGCGCCCACUUCAAAUAAUUUUUGGCGUUGCAUAUUCAUAAGUUUGGCUUCGAGGGAAGAUUUCUUCGUGGUUGUUUUCACACUUUGAGCUGUAAAACCUGAAGUGCCGUUACGCGAUAUCUAUAUUUUCUGUCCCAUCUGCCCUGAACAUUUGUUUAGACUGAGUUAAUAACACCUUGCAGAGGUGAUUGACACCGUUGCCAUAACAGCCUUGUAAUUAGAGCUUUGCACGCCAAUCAGGUCGCUAGAGUUUAACAAACGUAAUACUCGAUCUUAGCGAUAAUAUACCCCAUGUUUCUAACCCUCUUGAUAAAUACUGACACUUUGCAGAGACGUUACCACACCCCUGCAUUUAGCCUUAAUAGUCGGAGACCAAGUAGGAGAAUCCGUAAGCAGUCAGCGUGAUGUUUGCCCCGCUUCCAGCCCUGAGCUUCACGCCUCAACAGAUCGCACAAGUAUGCGAAACUCUGGAAGAAAGCGGUGACAUCGAGCGGUUGGCCAGAUUUUUGUGGUCCUUGCCAGUGGCCCCCGGAACGUUAGAAGCCUUGAGUAAACACGAAAGCGUGCUCCGAGCGCGGUCCAUAGUGGCAUUUCACAUGGGUAAUUUCCGUGACUUAUACCACAUAUUGGAAACUCAUCGCUUCGGCAAGGAUUCGCAUGCCAAAUUGCAAGCGAUGUGGCUAGAAGCUCAUUAUCAAGAGGCUGAGAGGCUUCGAGGGAGACCGUUAGGACCUGUCGACAAGUACCGCGUUCGCAAGAAGUUUCCUCUUCCUAGGACAAUUUGGGACGGAGAGCAGAAAACGCAUUGUUUCAAGGAAAGGACGAGAAGCUUGCUUCGUGAGUGGUAUCUUCAGGAUCCUUACCCGAAUCCAACGAAGAAGCGCGAACUAGCGCAAGCAACCGGUCUCACACCGACACAAGUUGGCAACUGGUUUAAAAACAGAAGGCAAAGAGAUCGAGCCGCAGCAGCUAAAAACAGGUAUUGAAAUUUUAUUCUUAAACUUUGCGAAGAUGUCGCUCAACAGAUUUUCUUCUGUGCAGUGUCUGCGACCUGUGUCGUUUGUUGAUUUUUCCGUAGUACGCAAACAUAAACUCGAAAAUCCUCUCAACGAGAAUUCUCUUUUCGCCACCAAAAGCUCAAAUCGCGGCUCAGCUCAGCUCGUUUGAUACGGAAGCGGGCAAUAGGGAUAAAAUUGAAUGGUGUAAAAUGCAUCCGUUGCUAAUAUUUAUUAGGGAUUCCCGGCUAGUUCUGUGACACAGAAAGCUCCACACUUUAUUUAAAUUGGUUUAGGCGGUUUGCAGCGAAACAGAUGGGCUAGAACGACGUUUAAUCCUGAAACUUACACCACAUGGAUAAGACCAUUGAUAGUCAGUCUCGGUGUCAGUGUGUAUAUCUUAUUGAGGCAUGUGGUCAGAAGAUCGGAACAGCUAUCGCUAUUUGUUUCAAAGAAUCGCAUUUGUUUUCUUUUAUUCCAAAGCCUACUUCUUUAAACGGGAGUUAGUAUCCAUCGCUUUGUUCUCAGUAGACUUGGCGCCAGAAAAAUGUGUGUACAAUAACGCGAGUAUAUCAGUCAUAAAUUGUACACAUGGUUUUCAUCCAUAUCAUCACCGUGCUAUAUACACUCGUCUAUUGAAGGAAAUUGAUUGAGAUACCGUUUCCCCUGAGAUCUUCCGGAAUUGUGUAGCAUCUCUUAAAUUCCACUCUACUGUCAUUUGUUUUCGCAAGGAAUAUUUGAUAAUUUUCUUAGGUACUUAGCAAGGAUUAUGAGCUGUAUUUAGUUAUUUGUUUACCGUAUUUUCAUCUAAUAACUAUUUUGGGGCAUUAGGACAGCAAAUGGAUUGGAUUUUCUCUUCCAUUCACGCGCGGGCACAUUGCUCGUGGCUCGUCAAAAAUUGUAAUUCUAUCUUUCUGAAAUUGUUUUUAAUCAUCCACGACGAAAGAUGCAAGAAAGUUCUUAAAAGGGAAUCAAGAAGAAUAAGGAAAGAAAAUGAGAAGAGUCUAGAAAUAAGAGAAAGGUGAAAGGGAGAAGGUAAUCUAUUUAGCGUUCAAACAGUGAUAUUAUGUGUGAAGUGGGAGGCUCUCACACUUUGAUCAACUUUUACAACGUGAAAAGGCGAUAACAAGGUUUCGCAUUUAGCAAGCAAACUUAAAGCUAAAUGACGUGAAAGCUUAAAAUAUUAAUUAAACUCAUUUGCCCGAAGUAGACGGGGCGGAUUGUGCGGUAUUUAAAACGUUGCCUUCUAAAUCCUAAUAUUAUCUGUAAACAGAAAGCGAGAAUAGAAAAACAUUACUUCCUAUUUCUAGACAUUCCUUAACAUUUUGAAGGAUAAUGUUUUUUUUUCUGUUCUUUUUGUAAGAUUUGGCCCCGAAUGGAAACGUUUCGUUUUUUACCGGUUUGCCUUUGUGGGUUCACCAUGCGAAUAAAUUUAAAUGAAUUUAAUGUUACAGUAAUCUCCAAAUCGUAUAGUAGAACUACUUUGAGAACUAAUGAAGUAUUCAUUUGAACGUUUUAUUGAUACGAGAAUCGAAAAUUCUUCCCCUCCCUGCAGAUCAGUGUCUAUCAAGGUGUAUUACAGCAGCACUCAUGUUUACAAACUGGUCGCUGUUUUCUCUUUUAUUUACAACUUGCUAGUUUGGUGGCAAACCAGCGUCUUAACACUUUCAUAAGCACAAUGUAAAUCCGGUGGGAAGCCAUGUUGGCAGUUGGUUUUUAACAAAUAGAUCAUCUGGUUAUUUUCCACGGAAGCGUGCUGUUCUUGUCUUGUGUUAUGAAAAUCGCGAAAUCUUUGUUGAACGCAAAUUAAAAUCAUUCACACCUAGUUUAGGAGUUCCGAAUUGGCAAAUUGAGUGCCUGAACAGUGAUAAGUAUCAUUAAAGCCAUUAGGCCUUUGAGGCCCAAGUUUGAAAACUUAACAAGUGAAAAGUGUGCCGAGAUAAUGGCCUCAGUUCAGUUGAUUGACAAAACUUGGCCAUAAUUACUACUUGCUAAGCUAAGAUGGAUGUUCCAGUGCAGGGUGCAACUCUACAGUAUAGCUUCAGAGUACUUCGAUCUUAGAGUUAGAAUUAUACCACCUAGACUUUUUAAAAUAUUUUUUUUCCAGCGUUUUCUCAUGUUUGCAGAUUUGCUGUGAAACUGUUCCCCAAUACCAAAAAGAAAGACAUCAAUCUGCUUUUUUCUCUGAGGCGGAGAUUCAACAAUCUUGCUUUUCCUAAAUUCACUUUAUCGAAAAUGAUUGAUUAUGGUAAACAAAAAGCGGAUUUCUGUUCCACCCGAUGGUGUGAUUGCUAGUGUAACAUAAAAUAUCUGUAAUGUCAGUGGACUCUCCUUUCACAAUUUCAUUCUGCUAUCCGAACGGAAUUUUAUUUAUUGUAACAAUAAGAAUAAUUUUGCGUUGUUUUGGAAACCUGCACUUCUUGCGAACACUGUUUUCUCGACGCGAGUUCCUUUGUUCAUUAGUGGCUUUAUGAAAUCGGUUGUGGUUAUUUAUUAACGAAGUGAUUCUUUGAAAAAAAAAGAAUACCGUUUCAAUCAGGUUGUUCUAUCGCUUGAUUAAAGUUCCGCAAAGGAUAGCUUUUCUGAAAGUGUGUCGGUGUCUUUCUUUUUUGACACCGUCUACUUUCGAUCUAACUAAAAUUUCAUCUGGUCCGCUCUUUGGUUUCUUCUCCUGAUUGUAGAAAUUCAAAAUUCAAGAUUAUGAGGCCGUAUACGGAGUUACUUGUCGCCAACUUUUUCUCUCGUUCAUAAGAAAAGUAACUUUUAUUUCGCUUGGCGUGAGAAAAAUUUCUUUUGUUUUACCCCAUCCGCGUUGUGAAAACCUGCAAGCCACCAGUGAAGUGCAAUCAAACUGUGAUGAAUUAUUUUUAUUGCUUACCACAUGUCUCGUUUUGCUUUCCAAACAACUGGAACGCCUGGAAAAGUCCGCUAAUCGAGCAACUGAGCAAGAUGCGUUUGUUUCUUUUGGAUUUAAGAGCCUAUUCAAACGGGCAACAGCCAAAUCACAGAUGUAUAUUGCCUGCAGCGAUCCUAUAAUAAUUCGAAUUAUCCUUUGAUUUCUUUCAAUUUUCUUCCCAGUGAAAGCAAUCUAAUCCUUUUGGUUUUUUCGAUAAUCGUUAACGAUUUAUUUUAUUAUUUUCCUCCGCAGAAUGAACCAACAACAGGGUCAACACAUCUCACAAUGCAAAGGCAGUUUUUCCCCUGAGGGAAAAGCGAUGGAAGACUUUCGCGGGCUAAAAAAUUCACCGAUUUCAAAAUCAACAGACGAUCUACGCAAAGGCGAGUGAUCCUCAGGAAAAAUGUAGAAAUCAACGCUUUCGAACAAUUAAAGAAAGAAGCAGAGAGAGAUUAUUUAGAAAAUAAAAUUGAUGCUAUGGAUGACGAUUAUUUAAUAUCGACUAUUUGAAGUCAGGAGACUAAAGCGCAGAGCCUUGUUCUCUCUCAGAAAAUGGACAAAAGCAAGGAAAACUAGAAGGGCCCUUCGAAAAAAAAGCUACUCUAAGUUUAUUGUCAAAUUUUGAAUUGUUGUACAGAGAUAUAACGUUGUAAAUGUUUAAAUGUAUAAAUAUAAUCUGCAAAGGGCGCAGAACUUGUAACAUAAGAUAUCUUCAUACAGGGCUGCCCUGUUUGUCUUCAUGUGGAGAAUGAAAAAAAUUCAACACGUUACGGCUGACAUCUCUAUGUUUUGAUUGUGCGAUCUUCUUAAGUCGCUAUUAUUAGGUUAAAUAGAAGGAGUGAAAAAUGAAUAUAGUAAAGUUGUUCUGAUACAAUGAGCAUUUACUGUCCUCUUGUAAUAUACCCA